AGUCGCUGUUGUCUUUAAUGAUUACUCUCAUUGCGUUUAGCUCCAAAAAAAAUUUGCUGUUGUUGGAAAUGUUUCCGAAAAGCUUGCUUCAUUGGAGGAAAGUUCUAUUUGGUUGCUAUGGAUUCCAACGGUAUCAACGUCCCUUGUUGAUCGUUCAGAGCAAUCUGCUAUUUGCCAGCGUUGCUCGAGCUAGAACAUACCAGUGGGAGGAAGACGUAUCAGAACAAGUGGAAAAUGACUGCAUAUUUUACAUUCUUGGUAAUCAAAUUUUUUCAUCCCAUGUUCUUAUAGAAAUAUCUGCCUAUCGUGCAUUGGAAGCCUGGAUACUUUCCUUGCGAGGUGUCAAACAACCCAUCAACAGACCAACCACCAUCGAGGCUGUGAAAAGCUGUCUUCGAAUAAAACUCGUGCAAAAUCACGAUACGCCUCUUUUAGUCUUAGCUCCGAGAAUGAGUCUUUUUGCACAUUUUUUAGAAUGGGUAGAGCAUACUUGGGUUACAACAAGUCAAUGGGAAAACAUCUUGGAACUUGUGUAUCAGCUGACGAAGAACGUAACAGUUAGCAAUCGUAUCCAGUGGGAUUGUAUUCAGCAUAUUGCCAAAAGUUUGGAGUAUGCACCGCGUGACUGUUUGGAAAAGGUUCCGGAUAUUGUGCAAGCUAUACGUGGCUUAGGAAACCUGACUAAUUGUCAAGCUAACACUAACAGUUGUCCCAUUCUUUUUGACGAUCUAGUAUUGACACCAGCUGUUUAUCAGUGGCAACAAGACUCUUAUAUCAACACAAAGAAUAUGCAGUCAAUGUUUGAACACCAUAACAUCAAACCAACAACGAAUGAAGAAUAUGAACCACUGAAAACAUGAUUGGAAAAUUCUUUUUUUAUAAUAUAAAAGACAAAUACACUAU